ACCUGUAUAGUUUGGAUUUAUUUAAAGAAGAUAGAUCACACCUUUAAAAGCCGUCUAGCUAAGUCUAAAGUUCAGUUUUAUUAAUUAACGGGCUGUUAUCUUCUAAAUGUCUUUAACACUUUGUCGUAAAGUAAUUUGGCUCUAUGUAGAAAGCUCGGCCUUUAGAGUAGUUAUUAAGAGUCAACAUUUUUUUAUCUCUAGAAUUAUAGCUGAGUUCAACGAAUUUCCCUAAUAACUUUCCCAAAUCACAUACAACACCAGACCGGUUAUCUUGCCAUAAGAAAACAGUCUACAAAGACAUCAAUUGAAAUUGAAAGAUAUAGAUAUAUGUAUGUACCGUUACCAAUGUAGAUAUGUAGCCAUUUGCCCCGUUUGGUUGUAUUAAUGUCCGUCCGUGUGCACCCAGCAGGCUAACACUCCAUGGGGCAUAACUUAUUUGUAUAAGUAUCCAUAAUGUAUUCUCUAUAUACAUCGAUUUGUAUCCAUCAGUAUGUGUGUAUGCCAAAUGUUUACCCAUAAACAUUCGCAUUUGCUCGCGAAGGAAUUGCGAAGACUUCAGUUCGUUAAAUCUGCCAACUGCAUGCGGUUCGAAGUUUAUAUUGCCCGAUAACGAUUCAAUGAUAAGAUAUGAAAAGUCCGUUCUAAAGAAAUAUACGAAAAUUACACAAGUUCGGAAAUUGGUCAUUGGAAAUAAAACCGAAGGCGCAAACAAUGAUCACCGGACUAAGUUUAACGUUCCUGAUUUUAAGUGGCAUUUCAAAAGUGUGCGCCGUUCAAAUAUGCUGCCAUCCGAAUUCGAUCUUAUUCAAAUACCGCGACAUCAGUAAUUCGGAAAUUUUCCAAUGUGCUUCCGCCAAGAGCGACCUGAAAGAAUUUCCGGAAACAAUUCAAGUGAUAGGCGAAAUGAUAGCCCCAAAAGGCCUCGGGCUAGAAAAACACACUGACUCAAGCAGUCAAUUCCAGUUAUCGAAGUGCAAAAGCUUUAUGAGCCAUAAUAUUAGUGAACUUAGUGAAAGUACUUUGUAUUUACGAAACAAUUCAUGCAUUGGGCUAUUAAACAAACGUCUCAUCGUUUUGUCUUGUGAAUUUGAAAAGAAUGUGCCGAGUCAAAGUGUUGGUUUUGUAAACAAGUGCUGCCCACAAGGAUUUAUUUACGUUUUCGAAAAUAAUACAUGCACACUUGGCGAAAGCGAUUUCUUUGUUUAUUCUUCCAUCAUCAGCAGUCCAAUUAUUUUUCUCCACGAUAAUACCUUAAAGUGUUCGGAAAACAAAGCUUUGGUGGAGUACACUGUGUCCUCGGAAAUAGUGCAAUUCAGUAACAAUUCGUUGAUUUGGAGAGAUGGAUCUAAUAGCUUGCCAGGAUCCAAGUUUUGUAUCGAGGCCAUUUACGACUCCGAGGCUCAAACGGUCCGAAAACUUUCGGAUCAAAAGUUUGUUGUUCGGGCAUGCCAGGAACCUAAAAUUUGCCAAAAAUUACCGUGUAUUAGACGUUGCUGUGCCGAAGGCGAGAUGUAUGCCAAAGGAAACUUAAGUACCUACUGUAAAAAUGAUGGCUUCGAUAUGAACUUUGAGGGUUUCCAGAAUCUCAAUAUAAACGCAAACUUCUCGAAGCCUUCAGAUUUUGGAAUUCUCCAUGGGUUACAAUGCCAGAAAUUUCGCUUGGAUCCAGAUAAUUUUCCAGAUGAUGCGCAUACAAUUAGUUCAUCCAAUGGCUCACUUAUUAUACAAAACACUUUGAAAGUGUAUACAAAUACUCAAUACUGUUUGGAAAGGGUCAGGCCGAAUCAAAAGCUUUAUACAUUUUUAUGUUUUGACACAAAGGUAGUGGGCAGUGAUCGGAUUCGCUUUAAGAUGUACCCAAUCGGGUUACUCAUAUCUUGUUGCUUCUAUGCCCUAACUUUGAUUGUUUACAUAUCUAUUGCCAAAUUACGAAACCUUCCUGGAAAAAUCCUAAUUUGUCUAGUAAGCAGUUUGUUUUCGGCAUAUUUGGGAAUUGCUUUGGGUCAGCUGAAGCCCACAUCAAAUGACGACAUCUGUUUCCUUUCUGGCUUUUUCGUAUACUUCUGUUUAAUGGCUGCAUUUUCUUGGAUGAAUAUCACUUCCUUUGAUAUCUGGAAAACAUUUGGGUCGACAAAACUCAAAAGCUGUGAGAAAAGUGAUCUGAGAAGGCAAUUUAUUUGGUAUUCUUGCUACGGCUGGGGACUUCCUACUGUGCUCACAACCAUUACAGUAGCAUUUACAAAAUCUGAUAUUUUACCGGAUGUAGUUCGCCCAAAUUUUGGGCACGGUCGAUGCUGGUUUACAUAUGAUUCUUUUGGUUCAGCUAGUCUAUUGUUUUUUUCGGGGCCAGUUGGAAUUCUUUUUAUUAUCAACUUGGUCUUGUUUUUACUCACCAUGAAGUAUUGUAACAAAGUGAAAAAUGAAAUAUACAAGAUGCAAAGCUUAAAUAGUGAUAAACCAGUACUAAAAAGGCGAUUUUUCCAGGACAAGACAAGAUUUGUUAUGAACACAAAACUAUGCUUUGUAAUGGGCAUUACGUGGCUUUUGGAAAUAGUGAGCAUUUUAUUUUACGAUCAUAAGAAAACAUUUUUCUGGACCAUCAGUGAUUCAUUUAAUGUGCUCCUUGGAAUAUUUGUCUUCAUUAUAUUCGUUUUCAAACGGAGAAUUUAUAAUGAAAUUUUGAUGAAGUUCGGUUUGCAGUCAAGCCGCAGCACUGCGUCGAUCAGAAAUCAAGCCGGUUUGACGAAAUCGUAUGCUCCAACUAGUACGGCCAUGACAACGAUUAGAUCUUCUCCUGGCAGCUGUGAACUGAUUCGAAAAACCUCAAAAAACCCCGAAAAUGAAGUUAUGCUUUAGAUUUGUAUACCAACAAUAUUAACUAUUUAUAAUUAUGGAAGCUAGUCCCUCAGUUAAAGUAUAUGUAUAAUUUAGCUGUGAACCGAAAUAUUAAGUUAAUAUAUUUUGUAUUUUUCUUUUAAAAUAUGUUUAAAUGAUUUUACAUAAUAAUCAAACAA